AUCUUCUGCAAAUCAGACAGCAACAGACCGACGCACCUCUUUGUGGAUUGCCCAACCCAAAACCUCAUCCAAAGACACGAGUCCAGAAUGCUUUGUGCCAUCUCAGGCGAGGCUCCCGAGGAGCCAGUCGUCUCUAAGAAGACAGGUACCGUUUUCGAGAAGCGUUUGAUCGAAAAGUACAUCGAGGAGAACGGCAAGGACCCCAUCACCUCCGACGAGCUCGACCUGGACGACCUCCUGCCUAUCAAGUCUGCCCGCGUCGUGCGACCGCGCCCACCCACCCUCACCUCCAUCCCUGCCCUGCUCUCUACCUUCCAAAACGAAUGGGAUGCGUUGGCCCUCGAGACCUUCAAACUCAAGCAACAGCUGUCCCAGACCCGCGAUGAGCUGGCCAACGCCCUCUACCAACAUGAUGCCGCCGUCAGGGUCAUCGCGCGUCUGACCAAGGAGCGCGACGAGGCGAGAGCUGCCCUCUCCAACGUCACCGUCACUGGCGGCGCUGGUGCCAGCGCAAACGGAGAGGCCAUGGCCGUAGACAACGAGGCCCUGCCAGAAGAUUUAGCCCAGCAUGUCGAUGACACGCAGGCCAAGCUCUCUAAAAGCCGGAAGAAGCGCCCGGUACCGGGCGGUUGGGCGAAGGCUAACGAGAUCGCCUCCUUUGCGCCACAGUUAUCUGAGUCUCUGCCUGUCCCACAGGCCUCCUCGAUCGGGACCGAAGCCGGAUACGCAGCCGUCGGUGGUCUCAAGGGAGACGCGGCUGUCUUCUCCAUAGCUGCAGGUCAGGUGGAGCGGUCCCUGCAGGUCAAUGAGCCCAUCACAGACACGCUGUGGCACGGAUCCAAGGUCAUCUUUGCCACGUCAAAGGGGUCCGUCAAGGUCUUGGAGGGGGGCAGUGAGGUUGCGUCCUUUGCAGAGCAUGCGGGCGCGGCUACAGCCCUGUCGCUGCAUCCCGGAGGUACGAUCCUAGCUUCAGUCGGGACGGACAAAAGCUUUGUUUUCUACGACAUGGAUGCGCUCAAGAGGGUCACACGGGUGUAUACAAACACGCCCCUGACAGCGUGCGCAUUCCACCCUGACGGCCACCUCUUCGCAGCGGGCACGAACGCGGGUGCCAUCAAGAUGUAUCUCACCAAGACAGGCGAAGAGGCAGCGACAUUCUCGCUAGGGGCCCCCGUCGAGGCUCUCGUCUUCUCUGAGAACGGCUACUGGAUAGCGGCAACAGCCAAGGGACAGACGACCGUGACGGUAUUUGACCUGCGCAAGGAAGGAGAUGCGGCCACGGCGAAGGUGUUGGACAUCGGAAGCGCGGUACAGAGCCUGGCAUGGGACUACACGGGACAGUUCCUCGCCACCGCAGGACCAUCGGGCGUCACCGUGCAGCAAUACGCCAAGAGCAGCAAGAAAUGGAGCGAGGCCCUCCAGAGCGCGACACCUGCCGUGGCGGUCGCCUGGGGCGAGGAGGCCAAGAAGCUGGUGACGGUCAACAGGGACGGCGUGAUCUCGGUGCUAGCUGCUCCAGAUGAAUGAUAGGGACAUGCAAAUUCUGGGGUGACUGCGAGUGGUGGUGGUGGUAGACGGGGCUGGCAACGACAACUUGGAUGAACUAAUUAGGUCGAGGACGGGGCGAUCUGGCGAGGUGCAGACAAAAAGCCCAGGUCGGCAGCAACAGGACCGGGCAUGUAUGAGAUAUUCAGGAAGCUUCUUUCGACAGGCAGAGGGAGGGAAUUGGCAUACGUCCAAUGGGUGCGGACAAGAAUAGAAUCUGUGAGGUGAAAAUGGUUCAACAAUCGUAC